UUUUGUUGCAUUCUUAUUUUCCUUCUUUUUCGAGGCAAAAAAAAAGAAAAGAAGCCGAAAACCACUUAAUCAUGGACUGCUCUAUAUGUUUAAAGACUGUCUAUUUCGUGGAAAAGGUAGAGGCCAACGGACGGCCUUACCACAAGUCCUGUUUCAAGUGCACAGAGAGUGGAUGUCGAUUGACGCUUGCUAAUUUCCACUAUUGCGAAGGCCGACUAUUUUGCCCAAAACAUGUCCCUAAACUACAAGCUAUUGUUCGACUUGGAAUAAUUCAAGAGGCUGCCUAAUCAUAUAUAUAUAUCUACACUCGCUUACACAAACCAAAUAUAUACAUAUAUACCCAUUAUAAGAAACGGAAGCAGAAGAAGCAGAAGAAGAAUAUCCGAGACUCUUUUUUUUUUUAUACAUACAAGAGUCAAAAUUAUAUAUUCUAUUCUAUUUUAUUUUAUAUAGUGUUGUUCAAGAGAAGGAGAAGUUCAAUAAUAAUUAUAAGGAUGUUUAUAGU